GAGGUGAGCAGUAGGUAUUUUGCCGGGGGUUUCACGUUAUUGUGUGCGUUCGAUACAGAACUGAGGCGCUUUAACUCAACGGAAUAAAUUUAUACAUUUUACUGAAAAUUUUAUUGGAAUUGUUGGGAUCAUAAAUGAGGGUCAAAAUAGCCACGAGAAAAGUCAAGAUGUCUGAUAACGAUUCUUCAGCCGCUGAAGAUACUAAAAGGAAGAGAGGGCGGCCAGCGAAAGGAGGAGAAGUGAAGGAGUCUCCUGCAAAAGAAGCCAAAAAACGUGGCCGUGCUCCAUCAGAAGAUAAGAAAGAAGUGAAAAAAACUGAUGGUGCUACUCCUGCUAAACGUGGCCGUGGCCGGCCUAAGGGCUCCACUAAGCGAAAAGGAAAGGCUGCUGCCAAGAAACCUGGCAACAGAGCUCGUGGUCGCCCCAAGAAGGAAGAUAAGAAAGAAGAAUCUGGUGGGGAUGAGGAGGAAGUUGAUGAGGAUGAAGAGGAAGAAGGGGAAGAUUAAUGAGCAGUGUAUGAUAUAACCCACACUACUUGACAAGUGGUUUAGAUCAAAAUAAUCUUGAGAUUUGAAAGUGCAUUUGUUUUCUUUGGAACUGUUUGUCAAGUGACAGUGUGGUAACAUUUUCGACAAAUCCUCUUCCUUUGGGAUCAAAAUUUGAUAAUGUGUGUACUAUGUUGUGAGUGGGCAAUAUGUUUAUUGCUUGGGCUCUUAAUCUGUAUGUUCAACUAUUUAGGGAGUGAGUUUGUGACCAUAAGGUUUAUGUCUUUAGAGGUGUACUGAAUUGACAGUUCAGAUGCAGGGGAGGUGGUGUGUUCACUGCAUUUAUGCAUGUUUUUUAACAUUGUCAUUUUGAACUUUGUGUGUGGGCUGUGUUAAACUGUACAGAUUUUAUAAGUCCUUAACUAUGGAUUAGAGCCUGGAGACACUUCACUCCAUUGCUACACAUUUGGACACAGUACAGUUCUUUCUUAAAAUAGUAGCUCCUUGUUCCAUUUAUACAACUAUGUUUAAGGUUUCCAUUUUAGAUUUCAUUGAAAUAAUGUGCACUACAGUUUCAUUUCCUGUCUUUCCCCUUUUGUUCCUUCUUACAGGUUCUUGAAUCUCAUAUGCGUGUACCUGUGAAAAAUAAGAAAUUUGUACCUGUUAAUGUUGCAGUAUGCCUAUAGGCAAGCAAAGUAAGUUAGGGAGUUGCCCAGGAGUGCAAGGCAUUUGACUGGUCUUGCUUCUAAUAAAAUAACACUGCAGUUGUUCCCUUUCCGAUUUUGUGUAAGUAAAUUUAUAUGUGGCAACAUUAAAAGUUUUAACAAAAGGUGUUGGGGGAAUUACAUGGAAAGGACUGUUGCUGUUCCAUUACAUUAUAAACAGUGGCCAAGCUUAGUUCCACAGUAUGGGUGGGAGAUACCAACAUACAUAAUUUUUUAUGCCUGUUCUUUGUGUUUUAUCUCAACUUUCAGAUGAGUUCUCAGCUAAAUGAACACACUGAAAAUAUUUGAAGUUAUUCAUUAGCAACUUUCUUAUAUUGUAGAAUUAGUUCAUUGCGAAUAGUUGUUAAUUCUUUUAAAUGGUCGAGAAUAAUCAGUCAUUUCACUGCCACAUACACAUUGAUUUAGAAUGAAGUUUGAGUCCUGUUUUGUGUGACCUACUAUGUUGACAAUUUUUAUUUGUAGUGUGUGCAAUAUGACACUUAAUUUUGUGACGUGUGUCUGAUAGGAAUCAUAGUGUUUCAAUUUAUCCUCCCAGAUGUAUGUGAAUCUGGCGAUAUUUUAUUUUAUGAUGUAUUCAUAUGUAAGUUAGUGCAGAAUUUCAAUGAAUAGGAUGAAUUUCUUUUUAAUUAACAAGGACUUUUUAAGUUUGUCAGCUCAGUGAAAAGUGCUGGCUGUAUUCUUUCGUGGAAGCUGCAUAUUUUCCCUCAGUGAGAAUUACAGUAUUUAGCAAACGUGAAGUGCACAGCAUUACUUCGUCUCACAGGUAUCUAGAAAAAGAUUACGUGUUGGGGAUAAUUCAGAGGCAAUGACAGUGUUCAGCUUUUUGUGACUAGUGGAUUACAGUUAAUGUAUUUUAUUUAUGGAACUGUGCUUCACUUUACAUUAUUCACUGUAACAGUCAGUGUUAUUUACCAGAAACACCUUAUUUUUCCUUACUAGUUUAUAGAAUAUCAGCACUACUAGUUGGAAACUAAAUAUAGAACAUUGAUCACACACAUAUUUUAAGCUUCUGCAAUAUAACAGGAAUUUCGUUAAUGGGAAUCGUGUGUAGAUUUUUCAAGUUUAGAGAUAUAUUGAUGUGUUCGGCCUUUUUAUUUUACCAGUGACUCGGAGGCCAUUUGCAGCCAUUGUUUGUUCUCAGUAGGAAAAAACCAGUAUUUUAAUGUUUAAAUUCUAUAUUGUCAUUAAGUCUAUCAGGAAAACUGUGGAAAAUAAACUACAGAACUUGGAAUCCUGGCAUUUCAUUUUUGUCCUAAUGGAUUGAUGGAUAGGAGAAACUAAUCCAACAUAUCAGCCCUUAGCAUGUUGCCUUAAAACACAUGCCGCUGGCACUGAAAAUUGUCUAUGUAGCAGACAUACUCUACUGAUAUGUAGGAAUGCAAAUACCAUACUUCUGAUCAUAGAAUAAAACACCAGUAAUGGCAUCUGUUAGGCUGGUCUCUCUGAGCAAAAAGACAUUAAGGCUUAAAAAAAUUUGCAAAUUUUGAUUUGGAACACUAAAUUAAAAGGACUGUUUCCUCAAAAACCAGUUGCUAAAAAUGUUAUGUAGUAAUGCCAAUGAGUCCAGUUUAAUUAGUGUGAUUGGUUAUUGCAGGUACUUAACAUGUAAUGUAAAAAGUAAAUAUUGUGAUCUGUACGGCAUGGGGUACAUUUACACUGCUGCUACAGGUAACAUCAGCAAUGUGAUUGAAGUUUUUAGAUUAGCUGCCAUCUGAUCUAUAAUAUGUCAUUGUCGUGGUGACAGUUAUAAUGAAGUGCUGCGUGUGGUUGUUCGAAAUCUGGUGUUAGGGAAAGAGGCCACUGGCACCAAAGUUUCUAACACUUGUGCUGUCCCUUUCUCCCAGCUUGUAUAUUCUCUGCACACAUUUAAUUUUCAUGUAGAGAUCUGUAAACAGGUGUGUGUGAUAUUCGUAAGUAGGCAAUAUUGCUGAACGUUUCAUUACUGAAGCAUACUAAAAUAUAUGGAUCCUGUAGUUCAAGGCUGAUAUUUGGUAGGAGUCUGAUAGUCAGUGUUUAGCCCCAUACUCUGUUUUAUGUAUAGAUUUUAGUAGUAUAUUAUAUCACAGAAUGCUUAAGAUUCUGUGCUAGAUCAGUAGCAAACAUUUGAAUGUAUGAAGAAGACCUUUUAUCUUUUGCAGAAUUUUGUACAAGCUGUAGUUAAACUUAACAGUAAAAAGUUUUGAGUGGAAAACUUUUGGGUUGUUCACUAUCUAAGAAGUGUAUCACAUGCAUCUGGGUCUGUGUCACCCUUAAGGCUUGAACCCAUCACUGAAUACAUAAAACUGAUUAGUUUAAUGCUGCAUACAUAAGCAGUUCAGUUUCAUCAAUUGCCAUGCCAUUACAAGUAUGUUACAGGUUCUUACUUGAUUUAUUUCUGUUUUGAGUAUUGUAAAGCAGAUCAGUUAUUUGUGUCCAAAUUGAGUGUUACUUUUAACACUGUAAACAUAAGGAAGUAGUUUUAAGAUCUGCAUACAAAUCAUCAAAAUGUCAUAAGAUUGUCUUGAUCAUGUAAUCGACUGCACAUUUUCUUUUCUAAAUAAACAUACGGAAAUGAUA